AUGGCCCUACCAUCCUAUGGCCCUACCACCCUGUGGCCCUACCACCCUGUGGCCCUACCACCCUGUGGCCCUACCACCCUGUGGCCCUACCACCCUGUGGCCCUACCACCCUAUGGCCCUACCAUCCUAUGGCCCUACCACCCUGUGGUUUUAACCCUGUGGCCCUACCACCCUGUGGCCCUACCACCCUGUGGCCCUACCACCCUGUGGCCCUACCACCCUGUGGCCCUACCACCCUGUGGCCCUACCACCCUGUGGCCCUACCACCCUGUGGCCCUACCACCCUGUGGCCCUACCACCCUGUGGCCCUACCACCCUGUGGCCCUACCACCCUGUGGCCCUACCACCCUGUGGCCCUACCACCCCGUGGCCCUACCACCCUGUGGCCCUACCACCCUGUGGCCCUACCACCCUGUGGCCCUACCACCCUGUGGCCCUACCACCCUGUGGCCCUACCACCCUGUGGCCCUACCACCCUGUGGCCCUACCACCCUGUGGCCCUACCACCCUGUGGCCCUACCACCCUGUGGCCCUACCACCCUGUGGCCCUACCACCCUGUGGCCCUACCACCCUGUGGCCCUACCACCCUGUGGCCCUACCACCCUGUGGCCCUACCACCCUGUGGCCCUACCACCCUGUGGCCCUACCACCCUGUGGCCCUACCACCCUGUGGCCCUACCACCCUGUGGCCCUACCACCCUGUGGCCCUACCACCCUGUGGCCCUACCACCCUGUGGCCCUACCACCGUAGAACUGAAUUU